AUGGAUCAAUUAGUCCGCCAAUACACCCGGUCGCCGCACCAGAACGAGUUCUACUCGGAGCAAGAACAGCAUGACCUGACAGAGGCCCUUCCUCCACUUUCACUGAAAUUCAGUCUUCCUCCAGUUGCAAACCACUCCGCCUUCCUCCGUGCGAUGACCGAUGACCACUCGAAUCCCAGCUGCCCCAUCAAACUUGCACACGGAACGACAACGCUCGCCUUCCGAUUCCAGGGUGGUAUUAUUGUCUGCACAGAUUCCCGAGCGACAGCCGGAAACUGGAUUGCCAGUCAGACAGUGAAGAAGGUCAUUCCUGUUUCCCGGUUGAGCCGUGGAGAGGAUAAGCCCGGGCGUGACCCUGUGCCCGGUCUUCUGGGAACUAUGGCCGGUGGUGCGGCGGAUUGUCAAUACUGGCUGAGAUAUCUGAGCCAACAGUGCACACUGCACGAAAUCCGUCACAAGCGGCGUAUCACGGUUGCUGCCGCCUCGAAGAUUCUAGCUAACCUUACAUACGCCUACAAGGGUUAUGGACUGAGCAUGGGAACAAUGUUGGCAGGUGUGACAGCACAGGAAGGUCCCGCGCUCUACUAUAUCGACUCCGACGGCACUCGCCUCCCCGGAAACCUAUUCUGUGUCGGAUCUGGUCAGACUUUCGCCUACGGUGUGCUUGACGCCAACUACGACUACGAUAUGUCUGUGGAAGAUGCCCUCGAGCUCGGCCGAAGGAGUAUUCUCGCCGCCAUGCACCGUGACGCCUACUCCGGUGGUUUCAUCAACCUGUACCACGUCACGGAAGCCGGCUGGAUCCACCACGGCUUCGAUGACAUGAACCCUAUAUUCUGGAAGACGAAGUUGGAGAAGGGCGAGUUCUCGAAUGUUACCUCGGCGCUGUAG